UACUUCAUAAUGGCGACAAAAUCAACUGGUGUGACUUCUCGUCCUUCAACAGCAACCAUGAUCAACUCGAAGACCUCCACCCCCAAACCAACCAAUAAGAUGCAUCGCCGUUCACGGACAGGUGAGUGGCCUUGAUUAGCAACCUUUAGGUUAUCAAGAUAGUCCUCCUGACCAUAACCUGUAUAGGAUGUUUUACUUGCCGUUUGCGACGAAAGAAGUGCGAUGAGGGAAAGUCGGCAUGCAAAGCAUGCAAGCACUUGGGUCUUCGGUGCGAAUACAAGCGGCCAAUGUGGUGGAGCAACAAUGAGCAGAGACGUCAACAGAAAGAGAUCAUCAAGAACAUUAUCAAGCGCACCAAGCAAACCGAAAAAUCGACCCAAGUCGGCCCCCGUGGGCUUGAAUCGCCCCCAGACCUCACCCACUCCCUGCCCGCAUCGUCGGAUACGUAUUCAGAUGCUAUGUCCCGCACACGAGCAGUAUCUCUGGAUUCUCAGUUUUCUCUAGAUUGCGAAUUUGGUCAGGGAAUGGGGAUGGAACACUUUGAUGGCUUUUCAGCGUCAAUGCCUCCGCCUCUCUUCGCUCCUUACCACGGCUUUCCGCCCUACGAGGUUGACGUAAAAACGGAGAGGCAAAUGUUUGUGAAUGAUAUCCCGACUCGCCGCGAUUCAUCGGUAUCGACGUUUAGUACCUUUCAACACCCAGCCGGCUCACUUCCGUUUCAGCCGCACUCAACUGGAGAGAACUGGGUGUGCGAAGACAUAUACGAGGCGCAACAAGAUGCUUUCGCCGAGGAGCCAAUUGACUUUAAUUUCUUUGACUUCCCAUACAGUCACUUGACCCCCACUCGGUCGUCGUUCAUUGAUAUCGAGGAUUGCGAUCGCCCGUUGCUUGACCAUUUUCUCGAAAAUGUUUUGCGUCUGAUCUUUCCGAUCCUGGAGGUCAAUCAGCAUGGCUCUGCUCGUUCAAAUGUCAUUCUUCCCGCUCUGGAAGCAAACAAAUGCUAUCUACAUUGUUGUCUCAGUGUGUCUGCUCUGCAUCUCAAGGCGACUGAGCAAAUGGAAGGCGAGAAAAUUGACAAUGAUAUUAUGCGGCACCGCUACGCGACAAUUUCCGAACUAUGUGAGGCUUUGAGUCGUGAUACAGACCAUAGGCAAAUUUUGGAGGCAACGCUAGGGAUGAUCUUCUUCCAGUGCUCUGUGGGCCGUCCAGACGACUGCCUUCCUGACAUACCAUGGCAUCAACAUUUCCAAGCCGCGUCAAAUCUGAUCUUGAAGCUCGAUCUCCCUCGUAUCCUGCUUGAACUGAGUUUCACGCACGCUCAGCCUCCGUUCAACAUGACUUUGGCUGCCUGGAUUGAUAUUCUAGGUGCCACCAUGCUGGGCCGCGCUCCGAUAUUCGCAGACACUUAUCGUGAAAAGCAUAUUAGUGCUUCUUCGACAGGUCUGUGCGAAUUGAUGGGAUGCGAAGAUCGGGUCAUGUAUCUCAUUUCGGAAAUUGCUUGCCUUGAGGGCUUGAAGCUCGGAAAUAUGAUGGACGACGUGACGCUUUGUCAGCAUAUCUCUGCGCUCGCGGAACAAAUUGGCAUCAAUGAGCCCGCACCUAACACAAUAACUAGUCCAUUCUCGGCCUCUGGUGCAAUCAGGCCCAAGCAGCUCUCGAGAAACAUGACUGCCAUCUUUUGUCUCGCAGCCCGGAUUUAUCUCAUCAGCCUGAUACCAACGUUUGAUCGCAAUGCCAAGAGCACAACUGACUUGGUCACUCGCCUCACCGAUUAUCUGCAGUACAUUCCAUCUGGAGCAGAGGGUUUUGAUCGGUCACUCGUCUGGCCUCUUCUGAUCUGUGGCUCAUUCUCGGUACCCAAUUCGCCUUUCCGUGGCACAUUUACAGAUCGGGUUGAACGGCUAGGCGAGCAUGCAGCGUUUGGAAGUUUUGGCCGCAUGGUCCGACUAAUUCAAGAAGUUUGGCGGCGUGGAGACGAGUCUGCGGCCGCGUCUCCCGAGAACGGAGCGCAGUGCGUCCACUGGCGGGACGUGAUGCAGCAAAAUGGAUGGGACUACCUCUUGCUCUAGAGAGGUCAGUCGGAUUCGAGGCUGGUUCACUCGGUUAUCCGUUUCCCAUGCUUUGAACUGACAUCCUGGACUGUCGUUUAAUUCUGUUUCUUAAUAAUGUGUUUCAUUUCUUUUUUCUUUGGAAUAUUGUUAUUUCAAUUGCUGCUGGAUCAGCAAAGGCGCCUUUUUUUUGUUUCGCAUAUGGGCUUUUUGGCGUUUUCUUGGCUCUUCUGAACUGCCGAUCCAUUCAUCAUCAUUCUUGCUUUGACGUGUAGUGUGGCGAGGAUUCUCCAUUUUAUUAUUUUUUUUUUCCUUAUCGCAUCGUGGGGUCGCGUUUGAUACCCGGUACCCUUUCCUUUCGUUACCUUGUCCCUCACUCACUCAAAAAGCAUGGCCCUUUUUUCUUGUAUGCAGAG